AUGGCGACACCGGAGAGGGAGGAGAGCGCCUCGAUUACGCGACAGGUUGAGAGGUCGCCUAGUCCACGCCAGUCGAGGUCAAGAUCGAGAUCGGUGUCGAAAUCAAAAUCGCCGACGCCGAGGAGAGAAAGGGAGAUGUCACAGGAUUCUCGAGGACGAUCGCCGACGCCGAGGAGAGAUGGAGUUGAUGAGAGGUCGCCGUCCAGAGAGUCGGGAGAGCACCGCCAUGAGGAGAGGUCUAGAUCCAGAUCACCGAUGGAGAAUGGGGAGGUGCACUCACGCGAUGCUUCCCCUCAGAGAUCCCCGACGCCGGCCCAUUCCCGCCGUCAAUCUCCAGCGCGCAGAAACCGAUCCUUCUCUCCACGGGACCGACGGUCUUUUUCGCCGAUGGACAGAGAUGAUGAGCGCCGCUAUCCGAUUAGGGAUCGGAGCCCCCCUUCGAGACAUCAUGGCCGGUCGCCGCCUCCGAGAAGACAUUCCCCACCCCCUCGCCGCGAUGGGCCGGAUCGGUACCGCCCUGUUCCUGUUGCGCCGGCCAAGAGAGACCGCACCCCCCCUCCUCCUGCGCCGCCGGCGAAGACGGAAGAGGAAAAGCUUGAGGAUAUGAGGGCUGAAUACCAGAAGCUGCUCAACCUUCGCAGUCAGGGUGUGUAUUUGCCACCGCAGAAGCUGCGGGCUUUGCAGGCUGCUAUUACGGACAAGACGAGCAAGGAGUAUCAACGCAUGGCUUGGGAAGCGUUGAAGAAGUCGAUCAAUGGCUUGGUCAACAAGGUCAACACGGCGAAUAUCAAGUUUGUGGUUCCCGAGCUGUUCAAUGAGAAUUUGAUCAGGGGCAGAGGGUUGUUUUGUCAGAGUCUGCUCAAGGCGCAGCAUGCUAGUUUGCCGUUUACUCCUAUUUACGCUUGUCUGGCUGCCAUUUGCAACACGAAGCUGCCGCAGGUUGGGGAGUUGUUGGUGAAGAGGCUGAUUAUGCGGUUCCGGAAGGCUUUCAAGAGGAAUGACAAGGCGGUUUGCUUGUCGAGUACCAUGUUUAUUGCGCAUUUGGUCAACAAUCAAGUUGUUCACGAGAACCUCGCGGCGCAGAUGCUGCUGCUGUUGCUGCGGAAGCCGACGGACGACAGCGUGGAGAUUGCGGUUGGGUUGAUGAGGGAGGUGGGGUUGUUUCUGGAGGAGAUGUCGCCUACGAUGGCGCACGCCGUGUUUGAUGAGUUUAGGCGCAUCUUGCACGAGGCUGAUAUCGACAAGAGGACGCAGUACAUGAUCGAGGUGCUGUUUCAGGUCAGGAAGGACAAGUACAAGGACAAUCCGGUGAUCAAGGAGGAGUUGGACCUGGUGGAGGAGGAGGAUCAGAUCACGCACAAGAUUGGGCUGGAUGAGGAUAUCAAGACGGAGGAUACGCUGAAUAUUUUCAAGUUUGAUCCGGAUUGGGAGGCGAAUGAGGCCGGGUAUAAGAAGUUGAAGGCGCAGAUUUUGGGAGAGGAGAGCGGGAGUGAGGAUGAGGAUGGGAGCGGGAGUGAGGAGAGUGAUAGUGAGGAAGAGGAGGAGGAGGAGACAAAGGCGAUGGAGAUCAAGGAUCAGAGCAAUGCUGAUUUGGUCAACUUGCGGAGGACGAUUUACCUGAGCAUUCAGUCGAGUGCGGAUCCGGAGGAGGCGGCGCAUAAGCUGAUGAAGUUGAGGUUGCCGGUGGGACAGGAGCCCGAGUUGGUGUCCAUGAUCGUGGAGUCAUGCGCGCAGGAGAAGGUGUAUCUCAAGUUUAUGGGGUUGCUGGGAGAGAGGUUUGCGAGGCUGAAUCGGAUGUGGAUGGAGCUGUUUGAGGAGUCGUUUAUGAAGUACUAUACGACAAUUCAUCGGUACGAGACGAACAAACUGAGGAAUAUCGCGAGGUUCUUUGGGCAUUUGUUGUCGUCGGAUUCGAUUGGGUGGCAUGUUCUUUCGAUCAUUCACCUGAACGAGGAGGAGACGACGUCGGCGAGCCGUAUUUUCAUCAAGAUUCUGUUUGAGGACUUGCAGGAGAAUAUGGGCACUGUCAAGCUCAAGACGAGGUUGUCGGAGGACAUCUUGAAGCCGAGCCUGGGGGGCCUAUUCCCGCACGACGAACCGCGCAACAUUCGCUUCUCGAUCAACUACUUCACUUCGAUCAAGAUGGGCUACCUCACCGACGAGAUGAGAGAGUUCCUGCAGAACAUGCCGAAACCAGCGCUGCCGGCACCAACUGCAGACUCAGACUCGGAGUCAGUGUCCAGCUACUCAUCUUAUUCGUCUUACUCUUCUCGGUCUCGUUCUCGGACACCACCGCGCAAGGCCAUCAGCAGGGGCCGGUCUCUGUCUCGCACUCCGCCUCGUUGGGCGAGGGACGAUUCUUACAGCCGUAGCAGAAGCCGCAGCUAUUCUCGUUCCGUUUCUCCCAGACGAUCUAUUUCUCGUUCUCCCCCACCACGUGCUGGCCGCCGCGACAGCCGGAGCCUUAGCAGGGACCGCAGCAUGAGCAGAAGUCGUAGUAGGAGCUGGUCACAGUCCCCUCCGCCACGGGCUCGGAGUCCUGGGGGGAAUGCCAGGGAUAGGAGCUUUUCACCGCCACCCCGCCGUGGCCGCAGCCGCAGCCGUACGCGCAGCAUGUCGUAUUCGAGAUCUGGCUCUCCAGUUGCUGAUCGGUCCACGGCUGUCAAGCGGAGGAGAGAUGAUUCUUACUCUGUUAGUAGAAGCCGGAGUAACACUCGGGGUUCUCCUCCUGCUAGGAAGCAAAUGCGGUAUACGCGCUCGCCCUCACCUCUAGGGCAUCCGCCUAGGAGUCGGGAUGGGGAUGUGAGGAGACGGUCGCCUUCAAGGUCGAGGUCGAGGUCUGUUGGGGGUUAUGGGAACAAGAGGAGGUAUUACAGCAGUUCGAGAUCAAGGUCUAGGUCGCCGGUGGCGAAGAGGGGGAGGGUUUAA